AUGCGAGCAGUGAUUCAACGAGUGACGAAGGCAAGUGUGACGGUUGGAGAGGAAAUUGUGGGGUCGAUCGGUCGAGGGCUUUGUGUGCUAGUGGGAAUUCAUCGAGACGACAAAGAUGACGACAUGGAAUACAUCGUGAGAAAGAUCCUCAACUUGCGGCUCUUCGAUUGCGAGGGAAACGGCAAGAAAUGGGACAAGUCGGUCAAGGAUCUCGAUUUGGAGGUGAUCUCGAUCUCGCAAUUCACCCUAUUCGGCCAAUUGAAGGGAAACAAAGUCGACUUUCACAACUCGAUGGGACCAAAUGAAGCUGGAGCCUUUUACGCUCGAUUUCUCGAAGCCUUGAAGAAAGCGCACAAACUCGAGAGAAUACAGGACGGAAAAUUUGCCGCCUACAUGUCAGUGAACAUUGAGAAUGACGGUCCGGUAACGAUCAAUUUGGAUAGCAAAAAUCGGGAA